AUGUCCGCGCAAACAAAGGUCGGAUCGUGGCUCAAGAAGAACGACGGAACCGAUGCUGGAGAAGCUUACGAGUCCGAAUCGGAAGUAUCAGCUGACGGUAGACCUAACGGAGCAGUAGACGACGAUGAUGAAGUAGAUGAAGAUGAUGAUCGAACCGAUGUGCAGGGGAAGAGAGAGGUGGAGGUGGAUUGGGAAUCGAUAGGAACAAAGUUACGACCUUCAUUAAUGGAUAGAAGUAAGAAGAGGAGAAGGGCUUUUAUUGCUAGAUAUCUUUACGUUUCAGAUCAAUCUCCUCCAUCAUCACAGGUACCAACUGUUAUGACGUCGAUACUAUCUUGUAUUCCUUUACUCACGGAUACGGAUCACAUCGACGAUGUGGUGCAGAUUCUCCAAGAGCUAGUUGAAAGAGAUGAGAAGGCUCCAGAAGGUAGCGAGGGAAAAUUAAAGCUUGGUGACAAGCUUGUCAAGUGGACUACUAUCGAGGUGGAAAAGGCAGCAAACCCAACGAAAGUUAUCCCUCCUCGAACGCUCUUCGCCUAUUUAUUCCUCACCUUAUCCCUUCUUCACACGCUUGCUAUCUCUCGAGGUCCUGCCGAGACCUUCGUCACUUCAAGUCAAGGACAGGACUUGUCAUUGAGCUUAGCUUUAGUACUGGAUGCUAUGAGUCUAGCGCAGAACAAAAUGACUUAUGUCAAAAGAGUAGCUCGAAUGCGUAAGAAAACAGGCAUAAGGACAUGGCGAGUGUUGAGAGAGCUACGACCUGCUCUUCCUGCCAUACUGCAUUCUCUUCUCACAAGAUCCGCAUCUGUCCCUUCCCGAUUGGCCGUCCUCAUAUCACAUGUGAUCGGUGUAGCACUCAGGCUUAGACCAGCUGGAAAUGGGAAAGAAGGUGACUCGCAGGAUGGCAGGGAAAUCGUUGAAAAGGAGAAGGAUGCCAUCAUCACCUACUACAGUACAAACAUACUGAGCUCUAAGACUGCUCCUGCGCGACAUGCUUCUACGGCUCUAUCCGAAUUUUUGGCGGAGUUCGUUACUUACGAUAUCUUGGUGGAAAGGUUGAUACCUGCAGCAGAGAAGAUGCUAUUGAGAUCGCCGGAACAUGCUCUCGAGCUCACUGCCGAUCUGCUUACGACUUGUCCACACGAUAUAUCGCCGAUUCUUCCUGCAAAACUCGUCCCUUCCACCUUGUCAUCCUCCAAGUCAUCCAAUGCCGAGACGAGAGCCAAAUCCGUCAUUCUCAUGCGAGCUAUACUCGGACGAUGCAAUAACGAAAAAGUCCAAGCGAAAAUCGCAACCGACAUCCUCGCUUUGCCGAAAACCGGGAAAACAGCGAGCCCAGAACAUCGUGCAAUCCUCUUCACCAUGGCGUCGCAACUCACUCCCUCCGAUACUGUAUCAUCGAUAGUCGUCGAUAUAUUACCUGGAUUAGUGGCCAAAGAAGGCAAUGAACCUGCUUUCCACGCCCUUAACUCUGCUCUUACCCCUCACCUCGCGCAUCUCUUCACUUCCAAUAAAGCUGUCGCAACAGCCGCAAGCUCCGCUUUGGUCAAAGAUCUGAACUCGACCAAGAUACCUACUCGACGAGGAUUAUCAGUCGCUAUAGGAGAAGCUAUCUGGACCGUAAAGUCGGCCGGUCAACAGUUCUCGGUCGAAGGUGAAAAGCUGCUAGGGCUGCUUGCCCCAGCGUUGGAAGUCAAUCUCAAAGCUGCCUCAGCAUGCUUACCAGCUAAUGCAGGUGGUUUCUUAGAAGGAUAUGUAGCUCUCGCUUUGGCCCUUGGACCGCUUAACGGCAUCCCAGCCGCGGCCAAGUUGACCGGAAGUCCAGCUUUGGAGGGUAUUCUGGCUACUUCGCCCAAACCUUCAUUCUUACUGAAUGAUAAAGUGCAUAUCAAGUUACCAGCGGAGGAAGAUGAGAAAUGGCUUUUGAGGUCUUUAGAAAGUAUAGUCGGAUCCUCGGCAACCAAGGUUAACACCGGUGCGGCUAGGAUCGCAAUCGGUCACACAUUCAUUCACCUCGCUUUCGAAAGCAAAUCUACCGCGAUCCGUCGAGAGACUUUAUCAGUCGUAUCCUCUUUGGUAAAGAAGAGCCCUAAGCAAGUUAGCCGUAUUUUCAGGGAAGCGUUGAAAUCAUGGUUGAGAUCGCACGAUGAGCGCAAAGCAGCAUUGAAGCUCAAAGUCUCAGCCGAAGACGAUGAUACCGUCACCUCCAAGUCUCGAGAUAUCGGACGAUUGCUCUCAGCUAUAUUCGUUGCAUCCCCCGAAACGGACAAGCUCGUUCUAGAGGAUUUAGCAGUCGAUUAUAUAGUCCUUGCUCAUCAUCCGGAAAUCAGUCCUGAAGCUCAAAUAUCAUGGAUCAGCCUGGUCCAAGGUCUCGGACUUGAUCCUGCUGUGAUUGCCAUUGGUGAGAAGGACAGGAUAUUGAAGAACCUUUGGGAUGCUGCGGGAACGCCGCCAGAGGAUCCGAGAUUGGCGGAAGCUGCGUACCAUGCCGUCACGACUCUGGCUUUCAUCGCUCCUUCCAUCUAUGUCACCACAAUCCUCGAUAGGCUGCGUGAAGACCUUGAUCCAGCUAGCUUAGACUUUAUAGGAUUGGAAGAACGAGGAAUCUGGGCCACACCCGCAGAUCAGCUAUUUGUGGAUGUACUGAACCCUAAGAAAGAUUCUGGACCGGAAAAUAAGAAUCGAAAAGAUUACGCUACCGAGAAAUGGGAACAGGAGAUCCGAGAUUCGCUAGCUAAGAAGAAGUCCACUCAGAUAGGUGGUAAAUUGUCGAAACAGGAUCAAGCGCUUGUCACUGCCCAGCUGGCUAAGGAAGCGGAGGUCAGAAGUCAGAUAGCCAAAGUACAAGGGCAAUUGAGAAGAGGUGUGGAGCUCGUUGCGUCUCUUACGAACAGUCUGUCAGAAGAGACUAGUAAGCAUGUAGACGAGAUGGCCAAAGUAUUACUGGCUAGUGUGUUCAGCGCUGGGCAUUUCCUGGUGGAUGGUAGGGCGUUUGAAGUGUUCAUUGGUCUUGGAACCCUUGCUGCGGAGAGAUUGGGUGAAACGAGACGGAUGUUGGCUGCUGCUAUCUUGAGGAGUCAUGAAGCUCCUCUAGUAGCUGAAGAUUACUUAGAAGAACCAGUGGGAGAACUCGUCACACGUUUACUGCAUCAGAUCCACUUCAUUGCCGAACAGACUCCUCUGGACAGUACGACAUAUUCCUUGACUAGUCUACUCUUGACUCAAGUAGUGUCGAAAGGAGGAGUUGGGACAGAGUCUCCUCAAAGUGAUGAAGCGCAAGAGCAGCUGAUCUUGGUCGUCAAUAUCAUCGCCGCUUGCGUAGGAGAAUUCACGAACAACGCUUAUCCUCGACUACAAACUAUCCGGGAUCUGCUACAUGUAAUUGGCACCUACUCCAAACUCGCUAAAGACGCAGCGUCCGCUCUUGCCGAUCUCGGUGCAGCCAUUAAAGAUGUCGCGAGUCACGCUGAAAUAUUAGAAAUGAUCGCUGGUACUUUGUCAAAAGACUCGAAUGUUAGAAAUGCUGCUUUGCAGGCAUUGCAACCUGUCGAUUUGACUGAGCUUGACUACUCGGAAGAAUUGUGGAUUGCUAUCCACGAUGAUGACGAACAGAAUGCCAAUCUAGCUUUACAUAUCUGGGAAGACAAUGGUCUGGAUCUGCCAGAGACAUACUUAAACUCGCUUUUGCGCUACCUCAGUCACGGAAGUGCUGCUGUCAGACUUGGAUGUGCCCGAGCCUUGUCCGAUGGUGCUGAGCAGCAUCCUAAUCAAGUUGAACCCACUAUACGAGGGUUGCAGGAGCUCUACGCUGAGAAAGCCAAAUUGCUGGUACCAGAGUAUGAUCGAUUUGGUAUGGUCAUCCCCGAAACUGUCAAUCGACCUGACCCUUGGGAAGCUAGAGUUGCCAUUGCUACUGCUCUUGAAAAGCUCGCUCCGCUUCUUUCGACGACCCUUAUCUCCCCCAUAUUUGACUUCCUGAUCAAGCAAGAACCUCUCGGUGAUCGACAUUCAGAAGUCCGACGAACUAUGCUCAACGCAGCUAUAUCCAUCAUCGAUAUACAUGGUGGUGAAGCCGUUACUGGGCUGAUGCAGCGGUUCGAAGAUUAUCUGGGCUCGGCAACCCCAAGUUCGGAAACUGAUGAUUAUAUCAAAGAAGCUGUGGUCAUCCUUUUCGGUAGAUUAGCUAGACAUCUUGAUUCAUCAGAUUCACGUAUCCCACAAGUAGUCGAUCGAUUGGUGGAUGCGCUGAACACCCCAUCGGAGCUUGUACAAUCGGCCGUAGCGGAUUGUCUUCCCCCUCUGGUCGCUGGAAUGUCAGAAGAAGAAGUUGAAUAUCUUGUUGAUCGGUUGUUCUCUACGUUGUCUACCGGUGCCAAAUACGCUGCUAGGCGUGGAGCGGCCUAUGGUCUUGCGGGAAUAGUGAAAGGAAGAGGAUUGCAGAGUUUGAAAGAUUACGACUUAAUGGACAAGCUGAAAGAAGCGGGUGAAGAUAAAAGUGCUUAUCAGAGUAGACAAGGUGCACUGUUUGCUUAUGAAACAUUGACUUCUACGCUUGGCAAAGUCUUCGAACCUUACAUUCUUGAGCUUGUACCACAGCUACUCGCUUUGUUUGGUGACGGUAACAGCGAUGUGCGAGAGGCCACCCAAGAUGCCUCAAAGGUCAUCAUGUCGAAGAUAUCCGGUCACUGUGUCAAAUUGAUGUUGCCUACUCUGCUUGAUGCUCUGGAAGAGAAGCAAUGGAGAAUUAAGAAAGGAGCUAUUGAGUUAUUGGGUGCUAUGGCGUUCUGUGCUCCUCGACAGUUGUCCCUCUCCCUGCCCACCAUUAUCCCUCACCUCACAGGUGUGGUCAACGACGCUCACGCACAGGUCAAAUCAGCUGCCAACACCAGCUUGAAACGGUUCGGAGAAGUGCUCAACAACCCUGAAGUCAAGUCUAUCCAGAAUACCUUGAUGAAGGCUCUUGCCGAUCCUACAGCGAGGACCAACACUGCUUUAUCUACCUUGCUCAAGACCACCUUUGAGCACUACCUCGACGCUCCUUCUCUUGCUCUUGUAAUGCCCAUCAUAGAUCGUGGUUUGCGACAACGAUCAUCCGAGACCAAACGAAAAGCUGCUCAGAUCGUCGGUAACAUGGCGUCACUCACCGAGACCCGUGAUUUGGUACCGUACUUGAACGAGCUCAUGCCAUUGGUCCAUGAAGUCCUUGUCGAUCCUGUUCCUGAGGCGCGAGCGACUGCAGCUAAAUCGCUUGGUACUUUGGUGGAGAGAUUGGGUGAAACCAACUUCCCCAAUCUCGUUCAAGAAUUGUUACAAACCCUUCGAUCGGACACCAGCGGAGUGGACCGACAAGGUGCAGCUCAAGGUUUAUCGGAAGUUCUGUCGGGUCUGGGUAUGGAGAAGCUGGAAGGACUUUUACCGGAAAUCAUCACUAAUACAGCAAGUCCAAGACCAUAUGUCAGAGAGGGAUUCAUCUCUCUCCUGGUUUACUUGCCUGCUACGUUUGGUCAUCGAUUCGCUCCUCAUUUGGGUAGAGUCAUCCCUCCUAUCCUCAAUGGUCUGGCUGAUGAUUCAGAAUAUGUACGAGAAGCAUCUAUGCGUGCUGGUAAGAUGAUUAUUGCCAACUACUCUUCGAAAGCUAUCGACUUGCUGUUACCGGAAUUGGAGAAGGGUAUGAUCGAUGUAUCUUGGAGAAUCAGGCAAUCCUCUAUCUCACUUACCGGAGAACUCCUGUACCGAGUCACAGGUAUCAGUGGAAAGGUCGAAUUGGAAGAGGACGAAGCUCCGGCCCAAUCUGCCGAUGUGGCGAGGAAAGCCCUUCUCGAGGCUCUUGGUCAGGAGAGAAGAGACAGGGUACUGGCGACACUGUACAUCGUUCGUCAAGAUGCGGUGUCCAUCGUCAGACAAGCCUCUAUCCACAUUUGGAAAGCUCUUGUGCAAAACACUCCACGAACCACAAGAGAGAUCUUACCUGUACUCAUGCAGCUCAUUAUGUCACUUUUGGGAAGUCCCGAAGUCGACCAACAAGAGACCGCGUCUCGAACUCUUGGCGAGUUAUGUCGAAAGAAUGGAGAACGUAUCUUUGGCGAGAUCAUCCCUAUCUUACAGAAGGCUAUUGCAUCACCCGAUGCUCGAAGCAAGGAGGGUGCUUGUCUGGCCUUCGCAGAUGUUAUGGCCGCUACCAACAAAGAUAUUAUCCAAGAUCACGAGGAUACUAUCAUCUCGUCAGUCAGAACCGCCUUGGUCGAUCCGGAACCUUCCGUGCGAAGUGCUGCCGCGCGAACCUUCGAUGCCAUGCAGCAUUACAUGGGUGCAAAAGCUAUCGAUCAGACUAUCCCCACGCUGUUAGAAGCUAUGAGAAACCCUGGAGAGACUUCCGAAACGGCUUUGAAGGCCUUACAGGAGGUUAUGAGUGUACGAGCAAACAGCGUGUUCCCUGUCCUCAUCCCCACGCUCAUCGCCCAGCCCAUCACGGCCUUCAACGCACGAGCCCUGGGUCAGCUUGUCAAAGUGGCUGGUUCAGCUCUCAACAAGCGACUCGACACGGUGUUGGGCGCUUUGGUCAAAUCGCUGGAGAUCGAGAAGGACGAAGAAGUCCUUGGGGAGCUCAACUCCGCCAUCGAAUCGUUACUUGCUUCAGUUGAAGAUUCCGAUGGUAUACACCUACUGGAAAUGCUUCUUAUUGGAUGGGCCAAAGAUCCUGACCCCGUACGCAGAGCUACCGCAUGUGACGUAUUCGGAACUAUGUGUCAAGUCAACGAAGCUGAUACGACUGAAUACCGAGUUGAUUGGAUCCGAAUCCUCAUUACCUUGUUUGACGACUCGACGGAAGAAGUCGUCACCGCAGCUUGGAAAGCUUUGGAACAUUUCGUCAAGACUGUUGAUAAAGAUGAAUUGGAAGAUUUGGUCGUUCCCUUAAGAAGGAGUAUCGAAUCUUCUGGUGCACCAGGGCGAACUGUUCCCGGUUUCUCUAGACCUAAAGGUGUACAAUCGAUCGUUCCAAUCCUGUUGGCUGGUGUGUUGAGUGGUACGCAAGAACAGAGAGAACAAGCUGCUUUGGGUAUAGGAGAAUUGGUACAGAGGACUAGCGAAGCUGCCAUCAAACCUUAUAUCAUCCAAUUGACUGGUCCUUUGAUCCGUGUAAUCUCAGGCCAAGCUAUUGCCCCUCAAAUCAAAUCUGCGAUUUUGAUCACUCUUACAGUAUUACUGGAAGAAGUGCCUCAAUUGGUUAAACCCUUCCACCCUCAACUCACGAGAACCUUCGUGAAAUCCGCAUCCGACCCUGCGGCUGUAUCAGUCAGGAAUCGUGCUGCUGCUGGUCUUGGUGCAUUGAUGAAACAUCAGCCUCGUGUCGAUCCGUUGAUUACCGAGCUGAUAGGAGGUAUCCGAUCGGGUGACAACGAGAUCGCACCUUCUAUGGCUAACGCUCUUGCGGCUGUAUGUAAGAGCGCAGGAAAGAAUAUCGGGGCAGGUGCCAAGGCUCAAAUUGUAGAGUUGGUCGAAGAGGCAUUCACAGCAGGAAGGAAUGAAAAUUACAAUACAUCGGUAUCACGUAUAGUUUCCGGAUUAGGAUUUAGCGAUCCACCCUCAAUCGAAAGUAUUGUAAAGACCUUCUUGGCCUCGGCGGACUAUCAGCCCACAGCAUUGACAAGUCUGAUGAUAUUGAACAUUCUUGAGGAAACGCCCGAUACCUUAUAUGAAUUAGGUGUGAUAGAGGAUAUAACGAGGAAGGUGAUGUUGUCCAUAUCGAGUAGUGAAGGUGGUCCCUCGAUUCAGAGACCUGCUAGAGAAUCUAGGGAGCUAUUGAGGAAGGGAAGGGCAGGUGAUGAUGAGAAGGUUCAAGCUCUUCUGAGGUGA